AAAAGCAAAACUAGAUUAUUGGAAAAUCCGCUCAUAUGUUAAUUAUUCCUGUGUCGUGGGUAAACAAAGCUAAACACACAUUAACAUUGGAAAUUUCUAAGUAACUGCGUGACGUACUGGACAAAAUUAGAAUACGUACUACAGAUGGAUAUCAACGACGAAUUUCACAAAGAUGGUAAAUUGGCAGAUGUGACAAUCGUUGUUGAGGACCAUAAAAUACUUGGCUCUAAGACAGUACUUUGCUUAGCUUCCCCCGUGUUUUGUGCUAUGCUCGACGGUGACUUUAAGGAGAAAACAGACAAGGAGUUACAAUUACCCGGAAAGAAUUAUGAAGAUUUUGUUGAGUUCCUGAGAUGUAUUUAUCCUGACAAGAUGAAAAAGAUAACCGAAAAGAACGUCUACAUGCUUCUUCCUUUGGCUUAUGAAUAUAACGUUGAAAAGAUGAUGAAACGUUGCCAAAAAGUGCUCAAGAAAAUAGUAAAGAACAGGCACACAGGAAAUGUGGAGGAAUUAUAUCGGCAUAUUCAUUUGUCUGAAAUGUAUAGGCUAGACGAAUUGAAAGAAAAAUGCGUUUAUCUGGCCUCAGAGCAUACCUUAAAACAGUUCAAAGCUGCUAGAACGGCGCAUCAAGUAUCAGAUGCGAGUCAUUUCAAGAUUAUAGAGCUUGCUUUGAGAAGACAUGAGCUGGAUAAAACGGAUGAAAAAGUUUUUCGAGUCCAUCGUGCAACUAAGGAAUAUGGAAUUAGUUUUGAUCGCGGUUAUGGUACUAACGGUAUAAACUGCCAAAUGCAAGGACGCAUCGACAUGGAAGAAGAAAAUAAAGAAGAUAUGUUUAGAGCGCUAAGACUUAUAGAACGAUUCAAAAUUAUCACAUAUGACAAAAGCACGAAGUCACAGUUGUUAAAUCAGUUACAAACUGUUAACAGGAAUGGGGAAUGUAUUGAAGAAUUUGAUCUUCUCCCAGAAAAUGUUAAAGAUGCUUUACAAAACAACAGUUAAGGUUUAUGAUACAGUGGAUAUUUAUCAUUGUUUUCACCAGAAUGAGAGUGUUUUUGUUACUUUUGAAACAAAGUGACUUUACUUUGAAAACUAUUAAUUUUAACUUACUGUUUGUUUAUAAUUUUAUUCGUAUUGCAACAAAAACAUUAGUAAUAACCAUUUGCUUAUAAUCAGUGUCAUUAACGUUAGUGUUGGUAUCGUAAUUAUUCAUUUCAUCAUUAUUAAUUUCGACAAUCAUCACCAUAAUUCACGAAUAAGCGAUCAUAAACCACGUACAUACAAUUAUACUUAUAAGAAAAAAACAUUUUCUUCUCGGAUAGCUGUGAAUUUCGUGAUUAUAGUACAGAAAAAAAAAUGAUUAAAAAAAUCUGCAGUUUUGAAGUUGGUCAAAUAAUUGAUGUUCAUACAAAGUUUGGAAUCAUAUACAUGCAAUUAAAACUUUAAUCAUCGAUUAGUCUCAAUGUGAUCCUGUUAUACAGAACAACAUAAUAAAAUAUUCUUUUUUAACAAAAUAUUUAACUAUUACUUUUAAUAGAUGAAGAUGGUUUCGCGAAUGAGUCAUUUGCUUUCAUUCUUAAAAUUUUACUACCACUGCAUCAGAAAAGCUGAAAUAUCCCUUUGCAUUGUGUGAACUUAUAUUACUUUCUUUAGGGACUCUGUUUAUCUCUAUUUUACAUGGUCUUUCUUGAACAAUAUGUAUGCUGAUUAUAUCCCCUUAUCUGUCGUCGAAAUAAUAUGAUGCUUUCGGAAAUAGAAGUAUGUUUUACUACGGCCAACAGCACUCGAACAUGUCGAUGGAUACAAAUAAACAUUGUAGGUAUCAUUAUGGGGGUAUAAAGUUUCAAGAGAUGCCGAAACUUUAUAACUUGUACAUGUAUUUUACAGAAGAGCGUUGAGGAGCACGUGAUCUGUAAACUGUACUUGAUUGGUUAAAAAAGGAAUAAUAAUAACUGAAUUUCUUAAUUUUUCCAAAAAGAAAAAAAAAACCCACAAAAACUGAAGUAUGUAAAUGAUCAAAUUAAAUUGCUAAAUGAAACAAACUAUUUAAGUAAUAUUUUACAAUGCACUGUCAAAGUACUCGUAUUCCUGAAAAUGGUGUACGUGAUUCAUUAUAGAAAUUAAUAGAUAAAUUUAAAGCUUGCAAACGACAUAUGGUUUCAAGCUCUUAGAUAUAUUACGAUAUUCAUAUGUAUAAAUAAGCAAUAUUAUGAAAUGAAUAAAAUAUUUUAAGUCUUGAUUAAUGAUACUUAAAAAAACAGCAAAACUCCAGGUUCAUUAAAACUUGCAAGGCGUUUUUAUUGUUACGUAUAAAUCAAGUAAUUAAAGCUAACAUAUCUCUGUUAAUCGGAGAAUACAUGUAAAAUAAAUUGAAACCUUUGCCAGACAUUUCUACAAGCAAGGACAUUCAUGUAAGAAUUGAGAUGAAAUGUAUGAUAUGGAAUAACAUACUAAUAUUUGCUAGUUUGUUACAAAACUUUCCUUCGUAUUUCAAUGAUCACGAAUAUUCAGCUUAUUGAACUGUUACAAGAUAAUGAUGGAGAAUAUAUGAAAGAAUCUUCUCCCAGCAAAAAAGAUGCUGUACAAAAUAAAAAGCAAGUGA